AUGCACCAGCAACUCGAGAUUCGGAGUCUAGCUUUGCAAGACUGCGAAGCUAUCUCGGCCUCUGACAAUCCACAAGGCCAAGAGCAGAAUCCAUAUAACCGAUUUUCGAACAAGAGGAAACUCGUCAUAGUCGUCGUUACUUCCUUUUGUGGAGUACUUGCACCCUUCUCGUCCAUUGGCAUUCUGUCGGCAACGCCUGAGCUCUCCGAUUACUACGAAACCACGGAUUCAAUCAUCAAUAUUUCAAAUGCCUUGUACAUGGUCUUCAUGGGCAUAUCUGCACCGAUAUGGGCCCCGAUUAGCCAAAUAUAUGGCCGCAGACCGGUCAUGCUGCUAUCUGGUGUGCUCUUCAGUGCAUUCUCCACAGCGACCAUCUUUGCACCAAAUCUGCCAGUUUAUUUUGUCUUGCGCAUGCUCGUCGCUCUCCAUGGAACACCUUUCCUUGUCGUCGGCACUGCCAUUAUUGGCGAUAUUUAUACCUCGCUAGAGCGAGCUAAUGCUCUGUCGUGGUUCCUCUUUGGUGGCCUUUUCGGACCAGCCAUUGGACCCUUGGUCGGGGGCAUCAUUGUCACUUAUCGCCCGUGGCAGUACAUCUUCGUUCUCCAAGCCGCACUUUCCGGCUUCGCGCUGGUUCUGGCAUCUCUGCUCAUUCCUGAGACUAUUCAUAAGCUUGGCGAUGCGGAUCUGUACGGGCUCGGUUUUGUACAAAAGGCCACCCAACUGUGGCGGAGGGCAAAUCCAUUUCGCUCACUAUACCUGCUGUCACGCCCAAAUCUCGCAAUGGUAGCAUUCGCUUCCGGUAGUAUCAUGUGGAGUAUGUACGCGCUAUUGACACCAAUCCGUCAAGUGUUGAACCCACGAUACAACCUAACCUCCCCCGUGGAGUCAGCCUUAUUCUACCUCGCACCGGGCUGCGGUUAUCUCGUAGGAGCUUCGAUGGGUGGCCGCUACUGUGAUUGGUCACUCCAAAACGUUAUGCAUGCGCGUAAGGAAAAUUGUACGCCCGAGGAUCGUUUGCGUUGCUCGCUCGUGCCUCUGGGCAUCAUCACACCCGCGUGCAUCUUGAUCUACGGCUGGACCGUCCAGGAGGCCGUGGGUGGAAUAUCCGUCACUGUUAUUACCAUGUUCGUGCAGGGCGUAGCGCAGUUGUUCAUACUACCAGCCUUGAACAGCUACUGCCUCGACGUAAUGCCUGAGCGGGGCGCAGAAACAAUUGCGGUCAAUUAUAUAACAAGGUACAUUUUUGCUGCUGGCGGCACAGCGUCGGCAAUACCCAUUAUUCAGUCAAUUGGACUAGGUGCCACGACGACCAUUGCGGCCGGCUUCUUGAUCUUGGCGGCAAUUGGGAUAGCUGUAACUAUUAGCCGUGGCAAAUAUUGGCGGUCAAAGGCCAUGGGAGGAUAA